AAGGAACAAAAAAUACCUUUCCUAAACUAAUCGAUACAUUUAUGUCAAUCUGGUCGAUUAAUCGAGGCAGAGUCCUAAGAUAUGCUUUAUUCAAAGUCUGAUUGUGCUAAUUUAAGAUAUAACAGUUUGGGAGACCUUAACUGAAGGCUGGAGUUUAAAAAUGCCGGGGUACAAAAUUUCGAGACAACGAAAGAGGAAAGGCACAAAAUUCAAAAUCGAGUUGCCUCACGUAAAACAGAAAACAGACUGGGAUUGUGGAUUGGCAUGUUCGUUGAUGGUUUUACAGAAGGUUUUGGGAAAUAAGUUCGAUAACUCGGAAUACGAAGAAAUUUGCGCGAAGAAGAAUUUUGGAAGCAGUGUUUGGACCAUAGACAUUGCUAGUAUUUUCACUGAGUACAGGGUCGAUUACAUUUUCUGCACAAAAACUCUGGGAGUAGAUCCAAGUUACGGGCAAAACUCGUUUUACGAAGGAACCUUCACCUUGGACGAAACAAGAGUAAAUCGCCUGUUCUCUCUCGCACCACAGUUAGAAUUAAAGGUUGAUAAAAGGAGCGUGUCAUUGGAAGAAAUUAUUUUAAGAUUGCUGAAGGGUUAUGUUGCCAUUGUUCUGGUGAACUCAAACGUUUUGAUUUGCCACUGGUGUGAAAUAUUUUCUCCAAAUAAACUAAGGAUGCUCACAUCCUGUAUAUGUGCGUCAAAUCAGAGUGACUAUUGUGGCCAUUACAUAGUAUUAUGUGGAUUUGAUGCAGAUAAGAGAUAUGUGUAUUACAAGAAUCCAUCAUUUAACGAAGUUCUUUGCUGUGCAAGAUAUGACAUGUUUGAAUCAGCACGAUGCAGUUAUGGAACAGAUGAAGACAUUGUGUUUGUCAAAGUAGAGGAACCUGAACUUUUGAAGGACACAUUUAUUAAUACUAAAAACAAAAUAUGAUUGAUGAAAGAUUUCAAACUGCAUAGCUAUUCUUAUGGCAAGAAUCACAUUCAAUUUUUUCUGAAGGAACAUCACUUUUAUGCCCAAUAGUAAAAUCUUUUCCCUUCA